GCGCGAGCCCGCGGGGGAGGCAGCGGAGAAGCCGGGCUGCGGCGGCUGUGGGACGGCGCUCCGCCCUCUCCUCACGGCGGCCGCCGCCGCCCCCGAACCUCUCUGGGAGGGACCCGUGUCCCCGCCUGCCGCGUUGCCAGUCCGACCCUCGGGCCGCCGCGGAGCACCCGGCACUGCGCCGCGCAGACCUCGGCAGGUGCGGUGACGAGGCGCCGUGCGGCGCUCCGACUCCCGAGCCCGCGCCCCGCGGCCCCGCUGCCCGCGCUCCCGAGGGCCGGCCCCCGACGAGGCGGCCGCCGGCCCGGCGCUCAGCAUGAACCGCGGCCACCGGCACGGGGUGAGCAGCGGCUGCCUGGGCACCAUGGAGGUGAAGAGCAAGUUUGGAGCCGAGUUUCGUCGGUUUUCACUGGAAAGAUCCAAGCCCGGAAAAUUUGAGGAGUUUUAUGGACUGCUGCAACAUGUUCACAAGAUCCCCAACGUUGACGUGCUGGUGGGCUACGCAGACAUCCAUGGGGACCUGCUGCCCAUAAACAAUGACGACAACUACCACAAGGCGGUUUCCACCGCCAAUCCGCUGCUCAGGAUUUUCAUACAGAAGAAGGAAGAAGCUGACUACAGUGCCUUUGGUACAGACACCCUCAUCAGGAAGAAGAACGUGCUGAGCAAUGUGCUGCGUCCUGACAACCACAGGAAGAAGCCCCACAUCGUCAUCAGCAUGCCCCAGGACUUCCGGCCAGUGUCGUCCAUCAUAGAUGUGGACAUCCUCCCGGAGACCCACAGAAGGGUCCGGCUGUACAAGUAUGGCACAGAGAAGCCCCUGGGCUUCUACAUCCGCGACGGCUCCAGUGUCCGGGUGACACCACACGGCUUAGAGAAAGUCCCCGGGAUCUUCAUAUCCCGGCUUGUCCCCGGGGGUCUGGCCCAGAGCACGGGACUGCUAGCCGUCAAUGAUGAGGUUUUAGAAGUAAACGGUAUAGAGGUGUCGGGGAAGAGCCUGGACCAAGUGACCGACAUGAUGAUAGCCAACAGCCGCAACCUCAUCAUCACCGUGCGGCCAGCUAACCAGAGGAACAACGUGGUGAGGAACAGUCGCACUUCCGGCAGCUCCAGCCAGUCCACCGACAACAGCCUCCUGGGCUACCCACAGCAGGUGGAAGCCAGCUUUGAGCCAGAGGACCAGGACAGCGAUGAGGACGACAUCAUCAUUGAAGACAGUGGCGAGCCACAGCAGAUCCCAAAGGCUGCCCCGGAUGCCCAGAGCCUGGAGUCCCUGACGCAGAUAGAGCUCAGCUUCGAGGCGGGGCAGAACGGGUUCUCUCCUCCACAGGACCCGGUGCCUGUGCCCGGCAGCCUGGACACAGAGUUGGGACCCCGCGCUCCGGGCCAGAGGCUUUUAGAGGAAGAUGGAACGAUCAUAACGUUGUGAGCCCACCACGUGUGUUUCCACGCACUGUAAGUGUGACACAAGACUGUCACCGUGGAGCAGGCCUCAGUGUCCACGGGCGAGCCUAAAGUGUGGCUGGGGCGGGGUGACUGCCGCCGGACUGCGACGACGCAGGCGCGAGGCCUUUGCUGCUCUCUGUGACACUGGAUGCUGCUCCUGCCUGGGGUCCUGCUGCAGUCUUUGCACGUGCCCUGCAGAGCUGUCCUCUUGUCCUCUGUGAAGUCUAAUGUCUCCUUUUCUGCUGGGGACCUCACUCAGUUCUUGGCUUCCCAGCAUUUAUAUACUCUGACCUUUAACAGUGCUCCUCUGUUAAGUGUGACUGAUUGUUUUUUCAUGUGCAGUUUUUGUUCUGUUUUCCUGUUUUUGAAGACUUUAACUAGCUGGUCAUGUAUAGAGCUGCUCCCACUGUCCCGCCCUGGAGCACCCCCUUGUCUCCAUCCUGUGCUUCAGAGUUUCAGGGUGCCUCAGUCCUACCGACUGCCCCUUAGCUUCCGUACCCCCAGUCCAGUGGAGAUUGUCCCUGCAUGUACGUGUGCGCGUGUGUGAGUGCAUGCGUGUGUGUGCGCGUAUGUGUGCGCGUGUGCAUUUGCGUGCAUGUGUGCGCGUGCGUAUGUGUGUGUGCAUGUGUGUGUGCGCGUGCGCAUGCGUGUGUGCGCGUGUUGUGCAGUUAGUGUGCUCCGCACUCUUCCAGUGUACCAGGCAGUGUGGAUCAUGUUGAAUAAAAAGGACCCCAGGUUGAGAGACUAACAAACAGGACAGAUGUGCACUUUUAUACAAAAGAUGGAGUUUUUCUUCCUGGGGAUCCUAGGGUGCUGCCUGCACUUCAGGAAGUCUGUGUCAAGUUCGCCACCCGAAGGGGUGUUAAUUAUAUGGGUUAUUUAUUCUCUUCUGCAUCCAUUCAGGAGGAGGGAACAGCAGCUAUCCCCCUCCCCUGAUGCCACCGUGUUGCAUGCACAGGCACCGAGAUCCACGUGUGUGGACUCACUCUUCCCAAGUUCCCAGGAGGACAGUUAUUUAUUACUUAACCUUAUGGUGGGGCAAGUGUAGACACUCACAGUUGUGUACCAUUACAACAGCGAAGACUCCGAUGACUCCAAGGUGAAGGACGCAUUUUCUCUACAGCAAGAGCCGGCAGAAAUGAAGUCUUGAUCCAGUGAGGGGAGCUGGACUCAGUCAGUGCUGAACAUGUUCUUUGCAGACGCCCAGCCGAGGCUGGGCGCAGCGACCCAGUGACUUCGUGUCGAAUUCACGAGUUCUUCCUCUCGCACAGCACCGCUUGCUGACAGCAUCCUGGCUCUCACACCGUGCGUGAGUUCGCAGUGUGGUUCUCAGGUGGAAAGUAGCGCUAGGUGUAGAAGGCUCAGUUGUACUCGAGCUAAGUGGCACACAGGCUCAACAUUGUACGUACAAAUACUCCCAUGCACUACCUCUCUUCUCUCUCUUUUUUAACAGAGUUUUAACAUUAGAGCUUUUCUCUUGGGGGAAAACUUCAGGGCUUGACUUUUGUACAAAUUUUAACUGUAAAACACAGAUUUAUCUUCUGUCUGAAAAUGGAGAGCAAAGCUGCUGGCGCCUGUCUUAACGUAAGGACGAUAGUGUUUGCGCCAAGGUGUCGCUGAUGAAGUGAGUGAGACUGGGCUGUGGGGGUCCAGUCCCGGUGGCUCGGUUCUUACGCACCUGAUGACGAGAACCUGAGCCUUAGCAGCUUAGCCUGCACUCCGUUGUAGUGAACGUCAAGCCUCACUGUGAACUCUUCUGUCCUUGUCACCUGUGUCAAUAAGACGCUGUGCUGUGUGAACCAUGAAUUUUCUAAUUAAAUUUUACAUGCUAUAACAUGA